GGUGAUAGGUCGCCAGCUCCACCAGCUCCACCAGCUCCACCAGCUCCACCAGCUACAUCAGUUGCGUCAGUUUUAUCAUAUCUAUUUACCAAUAUCCCGAGUGGUCAAGCGAAUGUUGAUGCUCCGCCACCAACACAAACUCAUCCAAUUCCGCCAACACCACAUCCAGGGCCACUCUACUAUUUUGUCAAUAAUCUCCUAAGUGUCGAUUUCGCACGAGGCGCACCUAUGCAGGUGGGAGAAACUUCCAAUCAUACAGAUCUUCUCGGUGUUGAAGAAAAUUCAACCAAUCAUCCUUCCCAAUGUGUAAAUGCUAAAUCCUCAGGAUCUACACUUCCUUCUCUCGAUGAUAUGCACAAAGAGGCAUCAUCGAACCCCGCCGUCUCUACUCCAGGGCAUCCAGGCAAUGUCUCAUCCGACCACCUCCCUCCUGCCUCUAGUCCCAAUUCUCCAAGUCACCAACUAAAUGUCAGGAGUGCUGGUGAAGAGACUAUUUCAUCGACUGGUGAAUGUCCCACUCAAGUAUCUUCUGCUCAAAGAAGCAUAAAGCACACAGAUAAAGUGAAUCGCACAUAUACCCCUAGAGAGGCAGCUGCGCCUUUGAAUAUAUGGUUCAGUGAACACAAAAGUAACCCCUAUCCAACCCCAGAAGAGAAGGAUCGCCUUGCAGUUGAAUCAGGGAUGACUCUUUACCAGGUAAAUACAUGGUUUGCAAACAAACGUCGUUCGUUAAAGAACAAAAACAGGAUGACAUGGACGCCACCGACCAUUAAUACCACCAGUGCUGGGCUAAGAAGAGGUGAAGAAAAUGGGGGUCUGGAACGACUGCUCCCCUCUCCUGAGUGCUCAAAUAACAAUGACGAACCUGUCAAGUCCAAUGGUAUUCUUGAUUCUUAA